UGAGUGUGUGAGUGAUAAGUGGUUGCAUAACGAGGACACCUCCCAAUCUGUGAUGACAUCCAAGGUUAUUGUCCACAGAUUAUUUGCAUAAUAGUGGUGAAUGGCAGAGUUCACACUGAAGAUGGCUGAAUGUCCUCCGGUGCAGAUGGAACCGGUAGAUCUGUCAAUGGGCAAGAAGUAUAGUAAAACAGUGAACUGUCAUCGUUUUCAUAAUCACCACAAGAAAUCACUUAAUGGUAGUUCUCAGUCAGCGGCGGCAGCAGCGGCCAGUCUUUUACACCGACAUCAUAACGGUUCCUUCACUAAUGGAUUAUUAGCAGCCAUUUAUACACAUAACAAUUGUAUACCGACAUCACCCAUAUCACCAUCAAUAGCUGUUCCCAUCUCACCCUUAUUGGGAUCGUCGCCAUUGGCAACAUCAACAGUCAUGUUAAAUAGUAGUAAUAUUAACUCAUUAUCAAUGGUCUCAUCGGGAACCACAUCGACACUGAACUCACAAACCAACAGUUCCUCACCCAUUGAUUAUUAUAAAGAAAGUUUAAGACGUCGUAAAGUUCAUAGAUGUGAUUACGAUGGCUGUGAAAAAGUCUAUACUAAAAGCUCACACCUAAAGGCACAUAAAAGAACCCAUACAGGUGAGAAGCCAUACACGUGUACGUGGGAGGGUUGCACGUGGAAGUUUGCACGUUCUGAUGAGUUGACCAGACAUUUCCGCAAACACACGGGUCAGAAGCCAUUCAAGUGUCAGUUAUGUCAGCGGUCUUUCUCCCGAUCGGAUCACUUGUCGCUACAUAUGAAGAGACAUUGACUUGAAUUGGUAUCUCUCAACCCAUCUCUUUGUUUUAGUAAUCAAUACAUUCCUAACUUUUGAAAACUAUUUAUUAAAUGUUAACAAAUUAAGAGUAUAUUAUUAUAUAAAAU